AUGGGAGCUGCGCCUCCCGGAAAAGACGAGCAAUCGGCGAAAACCAUCACUUUAGCCAUAUGUUCAUCAGUUGCAUUCGGCACAGUGUCCGGCUUUUGGUUUUAUUUUAGUUCGGUUUUGUUGCAACCUCUUGAUCGUUUAAAAACAUUAUCGCAGCAAGAUGCCGUCUGUAAAACGAAUGUUUUUCAAAGAACGGCCCAAGUUGUUGGUGAACAUGGAGUUAAAGACCUGUGGCGAGGGAUUGUUCCGACACUCCUCCGAAUUGUACCUGGUGUGGCUGUUUACUUUGGUUGUUUAGAAGUGGGCAGAGAUUUAUUUCCAAAAUCAAAAAAUGAGAAUGUAAAUAAUUUUUUAUUAGGUGCUAUUUCACGUUCUGUGGCUGUAAUGUUGCUCAUGCCAGCGACUGUUAUUAAAACGCGAUUUGAGAAAGUUUUGUUCUGUUCAUUAUUUCAGAGUAGCUAUUACAGAGAUUCAAGCGUUUCAUCAGCAGCAUCGAAUAUUAUCAAACAAGGGGGUGUUAGAGGCUUAUUCAAAGGGAUUGUGCCAACAUUAAUGCGCGAUGCACCCUUCUCAGGACUAUAUCUUCUCUUCUAUCGGCAGCAUUUAAAAUUACUGAGUGGAAGAGGUUCAUUUGAUAGCAUUUUGUUAUACAUUUUACAUUCAUUACCAAAAAUAUUUUUGGUAUGUUUAUUGCGGCUAAAUGAUUGUUGUUUAGAGAAACAUGCUCACAAACCAGUAACUCGAUUUGGAAGUGGCAUUUUAGCAGGUUUGAUGGCAUGUGCUGUCACACAACCAUUUGACAUCACAAAAACUCAUGUUCAGCUAUAUCCGUUAAAAUAUCGUUCAAUGUUUCACGUUGCCAGUCAUUUAUAUUCGCGUGGUGGUUUAGUAGCGUUUUUCAAUGGAUUUUGGUUACGAGCUACUAGGCGGACACUUAUGUCUGCGUUAAAUUGGACCCUUUUCGAUGAGUUGUUCGCUUCACGAGUUCAUGAUGAUUAA